AUGGCGGCGCCCAUCACCCGGUUUUUGAAAAGUCCUGCUGCAGAGGAAGCGUGUGAGUAUCUCACUGGAGUUCUGGGUAAAAGUCCAUUACUACUGAAAGAACUGGAUCUGAGUGAAGAUAAAUUAGGAGAUCUGGAAUGGGAGAAACUCUCUGCUCUUUUGAUGGACUCUCAUAGCAAACUGGAGAAAAUAAUGCUGAAUAAUUGUGAUCUGACAGAGAAAAGCUGUUCAGUUCUAGCUACUGUUCUCUCCUCCAAAACCAUCCUGAAAGAGAUGAACCUGAACAACAGUCGUCUGCUGGAUUCAGGAGUCAAAGAGAUCUGUGAGGGACUGAAGAAUCCUGUGUGUGAGCUGAAGAUACUGAAUCUGUAUAGAUGCAGAAUUACAGAUGAACAGUGUCUCAUCCUGACUUCAGCUCUGAAAUCAAACCCAUCACACCUGAGAGAACUGAACCUGAGCAGGAAUAAACUAGGAGACUCUGGAGUGAAAAACCUCAGUGAUCUACUGAUGAACACACAAUUCAAGCUGGAGAAACUAGAUCUGUAUAGAUGCAGAAUUACAGAGGAACAGUGUCUCAUCCUGACUUCAGCUCUGAAAUCAAACCCAUCACACCUGAGAGAACUGAACCUGAGUCUGAAUCAAAUAAAAAACACAGGAGUGAAUCACUUAUGUGACGUACUGAAGGAUUCACACUGUAAACUGGAGAGAUUGAGACUUUCAGACUGCAGUAUCACUGAAGAAGGUUAUAAAGCUCUGGCUUCAGCUCUGAGAUCAAACCCUUCACACCUGAUAGAGCUGGAUCUCACAGGAAAUGAUCCUGGACAAUCAGGAGUGAAGAAGCUCAAUGAUUUACUACAGGAUGGACUCUGUUCAUUAAAGAUCAUCAGGUUUUUGAAAAGUCCUGCUGCAGAGGAAGCGUGUGAGUAUCUCACUGGAGUUCUGGGUAAAAGUCCAUUACUACUGAAAGAACUGGAUCUGAGUGGAGAUAAAUUAGGAGAUCUGGAUGGGGAGAAACUCUCCGCUCUUUUGAUGGACUCUCAUAGCAAACUGGAGAAAAUAAUGCUGAAUAAUUGUGAGCUGACAGAGAAAAGCUGUUCAGUUCUAGCUACUGUUCUCUCCUCCAAAACCAUCCUGAAAGAGAUGAACCUGAACAACAGUCGUCUGCUGGACUCAGGAGUCAAAGAGAUCUGUGAGGGACUGAAGAAUCCUGUGUGUGAGCUGAAGAUACUGAAACUUUCAGACUGCAGUAUCACUGAAGAAGGUUAUAAAGCUCUGGCUUCAGCUCUGAGAUCAAACCCUUCACACCUGAUAGAGCUGGAUCUCACAGGAAAUGAUCCUGGACAAUCAGGAGUGAAGGAGCUCAAUGAUUUACUACAGGAUCCAAACUGUCAACUCAAGACACUGAGGUUUUUGAAAAGUCCUGCUGCAGAGGAAGCGUGUGAGUAUCUCACUGGAGUUCUGGGUAAAAGUCCAUUACUACUGAAAGAACUGGAUCUGAGUGGAGAUAAAUUAGGAGAUCUGGAUGGGGAGAAACUCUCUGCUCUUUUGAUGGACUCUCAUAGCAAACUGGAGAAAAUAAUGCUGAAUAACUGUGAGCUGACGGAGAAAAGCUGUUCAGUUCUAGCUACUGUUCUCUCCUCCAAAACCAUCCUGAAAGAGAUGAACCUGAACAACAGUCGUCUGCUGGACUCAGGAGUCAAAGAGAUCUGUGAGGGACUGAAGAAUCCUGUGUGUGAGCUGAAGAUGCUGAA